AUUUGCCGGGAACUCUCUCUCACAGCUAAGCUGUUAAAAAAAAAGGGAAAAAAAAAUUGUCUCUCCAUCUCCGGGCGUCUAUUACAAGGCUUCUCCUUCUCCUUUUACUAUGCUGCUCUCCUAGUCUUUCUCUCUCUUCAUCUUUAUCUCUCUCUCUCUGCCCCCAUUUUUCCAGAUCUCUUCCAUUGAUCCUCCAAUGGAAGAUCAAGCACUUCCCCAGCAGACCCAUCAAUCAUCUCUCAGAACUUCCCCUUCUUCUUCUUCCUCUUCCAAUUCCAUCCUCAAUUUGCCCCCUUCAAUGUCCCGCUCCUCACACUCACUGGAAACCCUAACCCCAUCCCGUCAAAUCGACCGCAUGAUCAACAUCAAUCAUCAUUUGUCGCCCUCCAGAGCUAUCUACUCCGAUAGGUUCAUACCCAGUAGAUCCGGCUCCAAUUUUGCCCUCCUAUUUGAUAUUUCCCCUGUCCCCAAUUCCCACUCUGAGGGUCGGGAAGAUAGUUCCAGUGCUUACGCCACGCUUCUCCGGACCGCCCUCUUUGGCCCCGAUGCCGGAGUUGUCCCUCCGGCCACUCCGGAGAAGAGGAGCUCCCCAAUGUGCCUACCCAAUCACAAUAUUUUUCGCUACAAGACCGAGACGCGGAGGUCAAUGCACUCCCUCUCCCCUUUUGGGUUCGACGAUGCAGCUCCUGGAGUUAACCCUAGCCCCGUUAAGACUCCACGCAAGGUUCCACGAUCGCCUUAUAAGGUCUUGGACGCACCUGCUCUGCAAGAUGAUUUUUAUCUGAAUCUCGUGGACUGGUCUUCGCAUAAUGUGCUGGCUGUGGGGCUGGGUAAUUGUGUUUAUCUCUGGAAUGCUUGUAGUAGUAAGGUCACCAAGUUGUGUGACUUGGGAAUUGAUGACAGUGUGUGUUCAGUAGGCUGGGCACAGCGUGGAACUCAUCUUGCUGUUGGGACUAGCAAUGGAAAAGUCCAGAUUUGGGAUGCAUCACGCUGUAAAAGGGUAAGGACUAUGGAGGGCCAUCGAUUACGAGUUGGGGCCUUAGCUUGGAGCUCAUCCAUUUUAUCUUCUGGUAGCCGGGACAAAAGUAUUCUUCAAAGAGAUAUUCGAGCUCAGGAUGAUUUUGUGACUAAACUAUCUGGCCAUAAAUCAGAGGUUUGUGGAUUGAAAUGGUCAUACGAUAACCGUGAAUUGGCAUCGGGCGGAAAUGAUAACAGAUUAUUUGUUUGGAAUCAACAUUCAACGCAACCUGUGCUUAAAUUUUAUGAGCACACUGCUGCUGUAAAAGCCAUUGCAUGGUCUCCUCAUCUUCACGGACUACUCGCAUCAGGGGGUGGAACUGCAGACCGAUGUAUACGUUUUUGGAACACAACAACUAAUACACACUUGAGCUGCAUGGACACUGGAAGUCAGGUGUGCAAUCUGGCAUGGUCUAAGAAUGUCAAUGAACUUGUUAGUACUCAUGGAUUCUCCCAAAACCAAAUAAUAGUUUGGAGAUAUCCAACUAUGUCUAAGUUGGCAACAUUGACUGGCCAUACCUUUAGAGUUCUUUAUCUUGCCAUAUCUCCCGAUGGACAGACUAUUGUAACAGGUGCUGGCGAUGAAACACUCAGAUUCUGGAAUGUCUUCCCUUCACCUAAAUCGCAGAACACCGACAACGAAAUCGGAGCAUCCUUUCUCGGACGCACCACCAUCCGUUAACCGUCAAAGAACUGAACUCUUCGCCAUAUCAGCUCUUAACACACCCUUUUCAACUUUAUUGCACCAUCUUUUUUGAGGAAUAAUGACAAGGAUUUUGUCGCUGGUUUAGAAAGAUUCAAUGUGAACAACUUUAACCAAUCUGGUCUGCAUUAGCCAAAGCAAAGCUACAUGAGAUCUGAGCAAAAAGCUGUAGAUGAAAAAGGAAAUGAAGUGAUGGAUUUUCCAUAGUCUCACACGGAGGAGAUGGUCUCAAAUCUCCCUUAUUUUCCUCCCCACUUCAAUAGAAAAAAAAUUAUAGUAAGUAAAUAAUUACCCAAUAUUUUAAUUAUUACUUCCGUGACUUGUAAAUUUAUGAGAGGAGAGGAUUUUUUAUUCAUAUGAUUCAUUCAUAGAUAUUUGGGGUAUAAUUCAUGUACAUAUGUAUUAUUCUUUUCCAUUAUAGUUUGGUAUCUGAAAAAUUUUGAUGAUGGGAUUGAUAAACAUUUAAUAUUAUCUGAAACUUUUGAACUCUUCA